GUUGGUACUAGUGCACCUUGCAAUUUUUUGACAGGUAUAUGUCAAAAAUUUGUAAUAGAAUAUUAUUUGUGCAACCAAUAAGUUUGAUCACCGGAUUAAUAAAAGUUACCCGUAAUUUAAAUAUGUUUAGUACAAAGAUCCUUAGGCCAACAGCUAUCCGGCAUCUCCGUCUCAUGUCACAAUUAGGUGAUCUAGGAAGUGGUGCCGGUAAAGGAGGUGGCGGUGGAGGAACUAUUAGAGAAGCCGGCGGUGCCUUUGGCAAACAAGAAGCUGCUCGCGAGGAAGAGUACUUCUAUAAACAGCAAAAGGAACAGUUACAAAAGCUUAAAGCUGACCUGAAGGAUGAAAUAAGUUUCCAUGAAGAGCAGAUUAAAAGACAUCAGGAAGCUAUUUCCCGUCAUAAGAACAGAGUUACUGAGUUGGACAAGAAGGAAUAAUUGUUCAUGUCCUUUUUGAAAAUAUGAUAGUUGCUGUUAUAUGAAUUCAAUAUAUUUUUAAGGUUUAGUUAGUAUGUCCUGUAUUUCUUUUAAUUGAAGGUUUUAUGAAUUCUUUUUGUAAACUAAACUAAACAAGUUGAAGCUGAUACUGUGAAAAAUACUGAAAUAAACUUGAAAAUCUGCAGUUCACUUUUCAUUUAUUGGAAUAACAAUUUAAAAUCCACUUAAAAAUGAUAUUUUUCAAAAUUGAAAAUUAUCUACUUAGCUACUGAAUUUUUAUUGCAAAAAUGAGCAGUUCAUCCUAAAAAAAUUCAUAAAAAUUUAACAUAAUAGGAAAUGAAUCAGUUUUUUGUUUAAAUUACUUAGAACUGUGUUUUCUUCAGAAGUUUGUGAAUUAACCUCUUAAGAAAAUUUUAAUCAGUGGCCCCAAUAAAUUAAAUAUGACCACUUUUUUUGUAAGGAUCAGUAAAUUAUUGACAUUCAAUACAGAGUAAAUUCCGAUUCCAAAGCUGCCAAAGAUCGGGAGAGAUUGGACCGAAGUUCGUCCACGAUUUUUUGAUUCCUGCCUUUUGAAGUACUGAAAGGGUAUAGAAAGUACUUACAAUUCGUGGAAAACUCCUAGUGUUCUUGUCGGCAUUUUCCUAGAAAAGAAAAAGUGUGCCCUGCCGCGGUUUCCUGAUUACUGCGUGUUUAUAGUUUAUGGAUAUGAACAUUUUUUUGCCAGGAGAGUUAAAAGGGUUCUAAGGGCUGAAACAAAUAUGAAUAUUCUGAUUUUGAUAAUAAACUAUCCUUCUAUAAACACGACAGGAGACACUUUCUUUUCUAGGAAAAUAUCCAGAAAAAUGUCAAUAGUAACUUCAGGAGUUUUCCACGAAUUGUAAGUACUUUCUAUACUCUUUCAGUACUUGAAAAGGCAGGAAUCCAAAAAUCGCGGACGACCUUCGUUUUGUUUGCUCCUCCCGGUAUAUGUACUGUUUCGGGAUCAAUGAAUCAUUUUUUGGCUUAUAAAAUAAGCAAGAACCAGACUACAAAUUAGGAGACACUACCAUAAAAACUAGAUUUGCCAUACGUCCCGUUUUGAACGGCUUUGGGGGUUGUCCUGACGGUUUAAAAAAAGUUGAUAAUACAAAAAUUUGAAUUAUUUAAGUUUUAUAAAAUAUUAAUAAAAACUGUUACUUGGUAAUUUCUUAUUACACAUUCUGUAAAGAUUUAGAUUCACUUCUAGAAUAUUAAUAAGGAAAUCAAUCUUCAUAUAGAUUUAUCAAUCAGGACAUUUAAGUGGAAAUGUAGAUUGAACUGUCACUGGUAUACAUGUUGAUAGCAACAGACUAUUUAAUAAAAGUGAAUUUGUUUUAUUUUAGGAAAAAAAAUUUGUAACGGGAUGUUUUGAAGUUUUGUAAAUACCAUGUUUUGUAUUUUGUUUCAAUAAUUUCAUAAACAUAAUAAGUGUUUUGCAUAAACAUGCUUAACUAUAAAACAUUUUUAUUUAGUUUUGGGUUAGGCCAGUACUAAACAUCCUAAAAAUAUUUUACACUUUUUGAUGUCUUAAAGGCUUUGAAAUUUAAAUGCAAAAUAAAUGUUCAAAUUUCCGG